AUGAAAAAUUAUUUUAAAGGUGAUAGCACAAGUGUUAAUUCACUACAGGAUAUUACUACAGAAAAUGUGACACAAGACCGAUUUUCUUACGACGAUGGGUCGAUAGACACUAAUAAUGGAUCUGAUUCUUCACAAAACUCUUCACAGAAAGAUUUUAUAUCGAAUAUUAAAAAUAAAAGAAUUAGAAACUUCUUGGAAGGGUUUAAAAGAGCAGAACAUCAUGAUGAAAGUUCAUUGGCAAACGUAGACCGAAUUACCAUUGCUCCAUCCAAAGAUGAACCUACUGAGUAUCCUGGUAAUAACCAAUACCAACGGUCUUCUCCAUUCUCCAAUGGUCUAGAAGACGAUCAAAAAGUCGGACCAGAUAUUUAUAUAGAUGAUCUAGAAAAUAAACAACAAGUGGAAUUGAUUGGCACUACGAUACAAGAUGAAGAACUUUUACCAGGUCAAAAAAAGGAAGAUUCUAAUGCUGAAUUGAGACAAACUAUUAAGCCAAGACAUGUCAUUAUGAUGUCCCUGGGGACAGGUAUUGGUACUGGUUUAUUGGUUGGUAAUGCCAAGCCAUUAGCUGCUGCAGGUCCUGCUCCUUUAGUUAUCGGUUAUGGUAUUAUGGGUACUUGUAUCUAUUGUAUCAUUCAAGCUUGUGGUGAAAUGGCUGUUGCUUAUGGUAAUUUGACUGGUUCUUUCAAUACGUUUCCUAGCUUUUUAGUAGAUCCUGGUUUUAAUUUUGCCGUCGCAUGGGUUUAUUGUAUUCAAUGGCUUUGUGUUUGUCCCUUGGAAUUAGUUACUGCGUCUAUGACUAUUCAAUAUUGGACCACUAAAGUGGAUCCUGAUGUAUUUGUUGUUAUCUUUUAUGUGUUGAUUCUGUUGAUUAAUUUCUUUGGUGCUAAAGGUUAUGCCGAGGCUGAAUUUAUUUUCAAUACUUGUAAAGUUCUCAUGAUUUGUGGGUUUUUCAUCUUGGCUAUUUGUAUCGAUACAGGUGCGGCUGGUACUGAUGGUUAUAUUGGUGCCAAGUAUUGGAAUGAUCCAGGUGCAUUUAGAGGUCAAACCAAGAUUGAAAGAUUUAAAGGUGUUAUGGAUACUUUUGUUACCGCAGCUUUCGCAUUUGGUGCUACUGAAUUUAUCGCUUUAACUGCAGCUGAACAAUCUAAUCCAAGAAAGGCCAUCCCAUCUGCAGCAAAAAAAAUUAUCUACAGAGUGUUAGUCAUUUUCUUAAAUACCAUCAUUUUGAUUGGAUUUUUAGUUCCAUACGAUUCUGAUCAAUUAUUAGGUUCAGGUGGUUCUGCUACAAAGGCCUCUCCUUACGUCUUGGCUAUUUCUUUACAUGGUGUUCGUGUAGCUCAACAUUUUGUUAAUGCAGUUAUUUUGAUUUCUGUUAUCUCUGUGGGUAAUUCUGCCUUCUAUUCAUCUUCUCGUUUAUUGAUGAGUUUGGCUCAACAAGGUAGUGCUCCUAAGAUCUUCGAUUAUGUCGAUCGUGAAGGUAGACCUUUGAUUGCCAUGUGCUGUUCAGCUGUCAUUGCUGUCAUUGCCUUUUGUGCUACUUCUCCAAAGGAAACAGAAGUUUUCACUUGGUUAAUGGCUAUUGCUGGUUUAUCCCAAUUGUUUACUUGGUUUGCCAUUUGCCUAUCCCAUUUAAGAUUCAGAAGAGCCAUGAAGGUCCAAGGUAGAUCCCUAGGAGAAAUGGGGUAUUUGUCCCAAACCGGCAUUUUGGGGUCUCUUUAUGCUGCCAUUAUGAUGAUUUUAGCUUUGAUAGCACAAUUUUGGGUUGCAUUGGUACCAAUGGGGACUCAUACCCCAGAUGCUAAUAGUUUCUUCUCCAACUACUUGGCCAUGCCUAUCCUAAUUGUAUUCUAUUUCGGUUACAAGAUUUGGAAACGUGACUGGAGAUUAUUCAUUAGAGCAAAGGAUAUUGAUCUGAUCUCACAUAGAACUAUAUAUGAUGAAGAACUGUUACGUCAAGAAGAUGAGGAGUAUAGAGAAAAAUUAAGAAAUGGUCCAAAAUGGAAGAGAGUCGCUGCAUUCUGGUGUUAA